CUAUCAACAUUUUGCAAAUAUAUACUUCCCAAAAUCCUUUAUUUUUGCUCUUGGGGAAAAAAAAACAGAUGUAAAACGUGUGUCCUGUGUCUUUAAAUUAUUGGUGCCACCACUGUACGAGUAAUACAUUUUUGCUUUACUCUACGCUAACAGCUUCAAAGCCGCGUAUGUUGCGCAAAACUCGAAAACUGUGCGAAGCAGUACAUCAAACCUGAAAACAGGAAUGUACCUGCAAAACGGUUUCAUUGCAGAGAAGAUUUGCCCUACACAUAGCUUGCAAUCAUCAAGCGCAUUACAUAAUCAAGUGGUUAAGGAACAAACGUCACCUUGUAAUACUCUGCCUAAAGUAUUACUUCCGCGUCUCUUUCGUUGUCCUGCACGUAAGGCGUCAUGUCACGAAACACGAGGAUAGUGUUGAUCUUUGGGGGGUUUUUAGCAGCUGUUGGGGCAGUGUUUUACCCAAUAUUUUUUCACCCCAUGAUGCAUAUUGAGGAUUAUAAAAAUGAACAGAAAAAAAAUCGAGCAGGGAUAAAACAAGAGGAUGUUCAACCACCAGGUUUAACCGUAUGGACUAAUCCAUUUGCAAAAAAAUAGCGGUCAUUGUUGACAUUUAAAGACCAAGCAGAACAGCCUCCUUUUAUAUUUCUGCCUGUGUACCUGUGUUCUAAUACUGGAAUAAUGGAGGCAUGGAAUGGGAAUCUGUGAGAGAAUGGGCAAGCACCAAUAACAGAUGUAGACUUUGGUUUAUGGAACAAAAGUUGCUUCCAUUUUCAGAACAUAUUCUUGUACAUGUUUUUAACAUAAAACUUUGAGCUUGCAUCAUUGUGGUUUGGAGCAGAAGAGAAUGCUUCAGCAUGUGUGCUCUUCAUCACAUCCAUGUUUAAAAGGAAAGAAUGCUGGUAGCAAAUGCUUAACAGUGGUGUGGAACUGUAAAUAUUGACAAAUGCCUAAAAUGCUUUUUAAUGAAGAAUCAAUAAAAUCUUUUUUCUGUAACAGA